UAUGAGACUGGAGAUUGAUCAAGAAGUCUCUUCAACAUAAACUGUAUUCGGAUUUUGGUGCUCUUUGGCUGCAGCAGAGCGAGCUGAACGGCUGUCGCCACGGGGCUGGGGCCUGGGGGCAUGCGCUUGUGCAGUGUGUAUGCUCACAUCCUCUGUUUUCUCAUGACCUAGGGCCUCUCUAUUCCUCAACUGAGAUACAUGUGUUGAUUGGAUCAUGCUAUGUAACAAAGCUGAUCAUGGAGAUGUAAUCAAUCACAUUGAACUCAAACGUGUUGGAAUAUUGACUUCUGGGUGAGAGAGUUGCAGGGGAUUCAUGGAAUGCCAGGUCUGAUAGUAUAUAUGCAUGUUUCGGUCUGCAAUGAUAUCUGAGAAGAAAUAACGCUGAAACUAACUGGUGCUUUGUAGCGUUAAACACUCCAUUUUCAUCUGCAACUCGGCACAUCACCAAAAUAGUACUCCCUCCAUCCCAUAAUAUAAGACAUUAUUACCUCAUUUGAUUUUCUCUGCUGCCAUCACCUAGCAAUCUUUUAGAUGACAUUAUAUAGACAUUACAUCGACUCGGAGGAUCAGAAAUGAACAGAAUGCUGUCGACAGUCACAUGAAGUAGUUGCCUCUGCUUGUCAGUUUCAAAUUCAAAUUUGGGUCUUUGUUUGGUCACAAGAUCCAUAUGUCAUAUUAGUAUGUACAAUCUCAUGUUGCUAACUGACUACUUCUUGUGCAUUCUGUGACCCGUUCGUACUAUAGUUCUAUAUGUUGCUCAUGCUUUAGGUGUUCAUCAAACUUGGAGUUAGAACAUCAGCUUAAUUGAACACAUUGAUAUGAAUUUAUUUUCUGCCUACACAAAAAAAGACAAGUGUAAUACAUAAUUCACAUUACGUUUUGGUUCAUCAAAUUGAUAACUACACACACUCGUACAUUGUGAAAGGUUGUAAAUUCGUUGGUUCUGACACAUGUGCAAAGGUCAUGUUCAUUUUGUGUUGUUAGUGAAAUAUUUAUUUCGUUUUCUUACCAGGAGUGUUAUGUGAGAGAAUUCCCUAUUAGAGCCUUUUCAAAAAUGCGCUUCCUUAUUUGGCCAAAAUACGAAUUUCUUCCCAUUGUGACACUACCUCCAAAAUUGAUGCCCGAUUUGGCAUCUCCGGCCAGUCCGUUGUCAUGCUCUGUCGAAAGCCUGUAAGUUUUUUGUUGCUUGGACAAAACUAUCCAUAGUUAUUAUACGGAGCAUCCAGUCCGUCAGUGUUUUUGCACUACUGUCCAGUUCAAUUUGGCACUUUUGUCCAGCCCGUCAGUUCUUUUUGUCAUCAUGGAGCAUCCGCAGAAAAACAAGGGCGGCUUGCUGGGCUGUGGGCUGUGGCAUGUGUAGCGAUAUGGUCGUGAGCGAUGACCUAUAUCGCGUCGCGGCCACACAUGCAUGGUGUGCCCAUGUGCAUUGGUGACCGGCAUGUGCUCACGACAUGCGUCCAUCGUUUAUGGAUCGACCGCCUAGUAGGCGCCUCGAGAGUUACCUGACGGUGUCCAUGAAGUACCGGUUCUCCGGCGACAGAGCGCGUGCACCUUGCUGGGGCUGCUAGGGCCAGGUCUUCAUGGACAGCGUCUCAUUGAACACCUGACAUGCGCCUCUUCACUUUGACAUCCACAACAGCUUUGCGUUGCGGGUCUUCGAGCAACGCAUCGAGGCAUGCCUCGACGUCGUCAAGCUCAUCAUGUCCAAAGAGUGAGGGAAGUUCUAAGAGAGAUAAGAGAGAGUGUCCUGGCUAAGGGGCCACUUACCACGUCAACUCCUGGUGAUCGGUCCGGUUGAGGACUCCUUGUCGGUUUCGUCCUGGCCGCAUCGGACAGCCCAUAGUGCAUACAAGGAAGAUUCAGAAGACAUGCGUACAUGAUAAGACAUUGGAUUCGUGGAGGGAUCUACCUCCUCAUGUGUAGGCAACUAGGAUCUUGUACCCUAGAACACCCAGUAUCCUAUAUUAAUCGACGGGCCAUGCUGGUAGACACAAUUUAUGAUAUCUUGGUAGUUUAUCUGUACUCUGUCCAUAGUCCAACGGGAAUAAACACAUGCAGGACUUAGGGUAUUAUCCCUUCAGAAAGCUUGAACUUGGGUAAAAUGUGUCUUUGUUACCGUCAUUCCUAGAUGCCUAGUUUAGGAUCUCCUACCAGGAAGUCUGCCAGAUCUAGCUCCGUCAAUAAGUGUUUCAUUUUAGGGAUAAUCAUAUAUUUUAAAGUAGCACUCAACAACGAAAUGGAUGGAAACGUCAAAUAGGGCAUAAAAAUUUGAGAUUGUCUUAAAUAGCAAAGAAAAUAUUGUUUAGGGUCCCACUAAGGAAAUAUAUUUUUCAGAAGGGCCAAAGAAGGAAUUCUCUCAUCUCCUGCAGAGUUAGACCUUGCAAAAGAACCAUCUUAGUCAAUUUCUCCCCUUUCUAUCGUCUCCUCCGCUCCCCUUCGCCGCCGCCGCCAACAUAAAUCUACAAUUUAUCUUGUUCCUGCAAGGGAGCAACAACCAAGAUGCCGACGACCAUGGCCAAGGCCGCAAGGGCAGGAGCGGCGCCUCUUCGCCAUAACGGCAGCCUUCCGGAGGAGAUUGUCGUCUGGGAGAUCCUAGUUCGCCUCGACCCCAAAUCCCUCCUCCAUUGCCGCACCGUCCGUCGGACAUGGCGCCAUGCCACCUCCACCCGUGCCUUCCUGCUUGCCCACCAUGCCCACCAGCCAGCCCUCCCCAUCGCGUUAGACGAAGAAUACAUCCUCACCGUUGACCGCCUUGCCGCCGCCCAGCUCCACACUGUCGCCCACCUUGACGAGGCCUUCAAUCCAGAGGCUUCCUGCGAUGGCCUUCUCAUCCUCUCCAGGUGCAACAACAUGACCGACACCAUUGAUUUCUCAGUUUGUAACCUAGCCACUCGUCAAUUUGCUCCCCUUCAACAACUACAUGAACUGGGCUUGCGGUUAUUGGGGAUGUACUCGCAUGAACCUACUGGCGAGUAUCGAUUGCUACUUGAACGCCAUAGCUACAAUGAAACGCCUGAAGACCAACUUGGCUACUAUGUCUUUGCGUUGGGCUCUCACCAGUCGCCGAAUCGGGUGGCAGGAGUCAACAUCACAAUGCUUCAGUUUACCUCUCUUGGUAUUGUGAGUGAAAGCAGCAACGUACGGCUUCAGAGUGAAAGCAAAGUGAUAAUAGUAUUCGACCCCAUAGCUGAUUCAUUCUGGCCAAUGCGUGCUCCAAUUGUUUCCACCAACUCAUAUGCCUUUGAGAUGGAUGGUACACUCGGCAUAUAUAGCCAUAACUAUACCAAAACAACUAUUGAUAUAUGGGUAUUGCAGAACUACAAAAGCGAGGUUUGGGACUUCAAGUAUCGAAUCAAAUUGCCGGUUGCAGAAAUACGGGGGAAGAAAAGGGUUGGGGGAGGGGGUUGGCCGCUAGGGUUUUCUCUUGUUUCGGGGGAUGGUGACGUGCUCUUGCUGCUCAAUUUUCGUGGGUGGCUGCUUCAAGUUGACAGUGAUGGCAAAUUGAUUGAAAGUUUCGAUUGUGGUCAUAGAGACCUGCAGAUAUAUGAAUAUCGGCUCAAACAAAGUCUUGUCCAGCAAACUUUCUUCCCGACUCUAAAAAGUUAUGCUGGUAGUGCCUCGCUUUUGAUCUGA